UACAGAGUAUAGUUAGCAUUAAUCGAAAUAUUAACCCGAGUAGUUUAUCAAAAAUAUCGACUCAUCAGAAAACCGGAUAUUCCAAAAACAGUAGAAAUCCAAAACCACAUAGAAGGGGAGGUCAUCGUUUCCCCCAAAAAUUGAUCGAAAGACGAUUUCUAUUUCUAGGGUUAGGGUUUGCUUUUCCCCUAAUUCGAUUUCACCUGCAAAUUUUGAUUGAGUGAAAGAGAGAGAGAGGAAAGAUGUGGCACGAAGCGCGUAGGUCGGAGAAGAAAGUGCACGACAUGAUGGAUGCUGCAAGGAAGAGAGCGCAGCGAAGAGCACUGUUUUUGGCUAAGAGACGCGGCGAUCCUCAGCAGUCUAUCCAAAUCCUCGGUUCUCGUUGUCGCACUUAUCGCGAUGAUGGCCUUUACCAGGCCACUCAGGAUCAACAGGGCCUGAUUCCUUGGAAUGGCAAAGAGGAUAAUUUGAUUGACAGAUUUGAUGGGCGUGCUCUUCUUGAUUUUAUCCGUGAUCCGGAGACCCAUCGAUUUCGUCAGCUAGAGAAGACUGAAGAGGAAGAAGAAUUAGAAGAGUUUGUAAAUUUUGAGCGUUAUCGGGAUUUAAUUAAGCAUCGACGUAGAGGAUUUACAGAUGAAGAGGGUUUGGAUCAUGUAAAUCAAGUAAUGGAAGCAAAGUUUGCGUUGCCAUUUGCUCUUGACAGAUCGAAUCCAUCUCAAACUCCUGCAAUCAAGGGUACUUAUUCUCAGGUGGGCUUCUCAUAUGAUGGAGAUGGUAAAGAGGGUAUUCUUUCUUCAGAUGAUGAUGAGGAUGAUGAAGAAGAUGAGGAUGAUGAUGAUGAUGAUGAAUUUAACAGUGAUGAUAGUGGUGAUGAACGUAUGGAAGCCAUAGCUAAGGAUUUUGGGGUGAAAAGAUAUGGCUGGCUUGUGUAUAUGGAUAAGAAGGCAAAAGAGGAAGAAAAGAGGCAAAAAGAAGUGAUCAAGGGAGAUCCAGCAAUUAGGAAAUUGAGUCGUAAGGAGAGAAGGAAGGCUUCUCAGCUAGAAAGGGAGAAAGAAAGGGAGGCUGCACGCGUAACUGGAACCCGUGUUCUUCAUCAUGAUCCUUAUCGGGAAUCAAGGCGGAGUCCUACAUAUGAUGCUUAUCCUCGCUCUAGAAGAUCGAGAUCACGGUCCCGUUCCCCAUCAUAUUCUAGGCGGCACAGUCGUGGACAUUCAACUGACCGUCAUCGAAGCAAGUCUAAGGCACCUAAAAUAGAAUUCAUCACUGAGUUUGGGGGUUCUCCUGACAGAAGAGAGCCUAAGUUGGAAGGAGUCUCUCCACCACCAUCUCCUCCUCAAGCUGAAGUAUUAAAUCGAACUUCAUCAGUCCGUAUCCUUGAGGCAUUACAUGUUGAUCCUGCUUCUGGUGCAUCACUUGAGAAAGAAAAGAAUGCUAAAGUGAUAAAGCCCCCAGUAAGCACAUCCUCGGCAUUAGCCAAACUAAAGGGAGCCACAGGGGCUCCAUCAAAGCAACCACAGGGUGAAAAGAAGGAAACACCUCAAGAGAGGCUUAAAAGGAUCAUGAGCAAGCAACUGAAUAAACAAAUUAAAAAGGAUGCUGCUGUAGAGAUGGCUAAGAAAAAAGAGCAAGAGAAACAGAGGCUUGAAAAGUUGGCAGAGACUAGUCGUUUGAAUCGAAGUAGACGACGAAGCCGUAGUAGGAGCUACAGCCGAUCCCCUCGGAGACGACACAGAUACAGCAGAAGUCCAAGUAGGGGAAGGAGUUCAAGGAGACACCGUUCUCAUUCCCGCUCUCGUAGUCGUUCUCCCUCGCGUUCUCGAUCUCAUUCCCAUUCACGCUCUCCAAGGCGCAGAAGUCGGUCCAGAUACUGAUGCUGGUGAAAACAUUCUGAGAGCUCAAUGUAUGUUUGUGUUUGCAUAUGAAUAAUGCUUGUAUGUGGAAAAUAGAUCUCUUAGAGUAGGUUUCAGUCUUGGAUUUUGUAGGCUAUGGGGGGAGAAAAACAUGUUUGUAUCUUAUAAGAACAUGAGUACUUUGUGUCAGUUUUUGUGUUCCAACAUUGCUCAAGUACAGUUUGAUCCCAAAACAGCCUGCAGAUUGGCGCAUCAAUCCAGUUUUUUCUUCCUUACCUUUUCAUGUAAUUACCCUGUUCUUUUUAUUCAAAUUAUCAGCAGUUGCCUCUUUUUAUGAAUUGGUAUUCCUUUA